AUGGAUGACGAGGAACAGUCAUUACCUGAUGCGGUAGACACAGAAAACAGUGUGGAAUCUAACAAACACAUAUUAGAAAAACCGGUCACUCAGCAAGCUAAUGAUGCAGGGCCUUCAAGGAAAGUUAUACUACCAGGGUCCAUUUCACCACCGUCACCAGCACCAACACAUGAUUCAAAACUAUAUCUCACCAACUUAGGUAUUUCUAAAUCAGAACACUGCAUCCGAAAUGCAAUAACAACUAAAGAUGUCGCUAACGCACUCAAACUAACUUCCCUGAGUUUCGGACCGAACAAAGCAAUCCCGGACAUAAAUUUCAAAGAACUGCACAUACCAAUUCUAGAUAAAAUGGAAAAAGAGGACAAUUCGGCUACGCUUAUCGAGUUAAAAAGAUUUAUGGCGUCUUGUUUCAAGCUGCAUAAAGCCGGGCAAAGUGAUGCGCCGGAAAGAACGAACAUUCAAAAUGUCCAAACAGCUAUAAACACAAUAACGAAUGAUCUGAUUUUAAAUAUACCGAAUGCGAGUUGCACUGGUAAAGUUCCGAAUGAAGUCGCUGUGAAUCCUCCGGUGGACAAACAAUCGAAGGCAGAGAGAAAGAAGACCUCAGGAAGUAUUUCCGAUAGGUCUGAGUUUGGAGUGGCGCCUAGGGACUCCCUCUCCAGUAUUGGAUCAAAUGUUUGUAGGAUUUGCAUGACAAGGGGACGUGAGAGGUUAAUAUCACCCUGCAACUGCAAGGGUUCGCUGGCGAACGUACAUUUGUCUUGUUUGGAGCGCUGGUUGAAUCAAGUGGGCAGGAAUCAUUGCGAGCUGUGCGGAUUCAGCUACCCCGCGAUACGGACGCCUCGUUACACCGUACUGCAAGCGCUACGACUGUGGUUCGGCAAUCCGCGAAAUAGAAGCCAUUUACAGUCGGAUUGUCUUAUAUUCUGGCUUCUAUCUACUGUAACGGCCGGGUUGCUUGCCGUAUGCAUCGUUGGUACACAGUAUUUUGUUAUGGAGGGAAAUAAAUUUGGUAAGCUCGAUGCUGCUAGAAAAGACGAAGGCAUAUCUCAUCGGAUCACGGAGACCGCCAUGGAUUUCUUCAUGGCUAUCGUACUCUGUGGUUACUCUGUCACGGUCUAUUUGCUUUGGAAGGACCAUUACGUCAUGUGGAAUAGAUGGCGGCGCGCAAACGUCAAUGUCAGAUUGCUUCUGUCACCCGACGCGAAUCCCGUUCCGUUCGUUCCAAGACCUAGAUAUAAUGUUGUUUGAGAAUU